GUUCAACCUUCAAUAAAUAACUAACCUUAGUUAAUUACAUGAUACAUUGAUUGAUGUAUCAACUUCAAUACUCCGAAUCCAACUUGGAACCGAAAUACUUGUUAACCUUAGUUACCUAUCUACUUGAUGUAAUUCAUUGAUUGAUCUUCCUAAAAAUUAAUACUAAUACCCAUCUGAUGACCCAAUAAUCGUGUCGGCGACAUCUGCCAAAAACCGAAUCGACGACAAGAUGGCCAACGUGUCAGGGUCACCCAAAGCUGCGCAACCAGCAUCGCAUUUUGUUACUGACGAACAAACUGGCACCUCUGGACUGGAUGGAGCCAACCAGUUUCAACUUGCUAUCUCGGCAUGGAGAAACAUCGAUUUGGGCUCGUUGGUGUCGACUCUCGACAACACUGCUUCGGACAUUGUCACUUUCCAGAGGGACUCUACGGUGCAACGAAAGGACUUGGCGCAGAAGACGAAGGACUUUAGAAAACUAGACGAUGCGACUAAACUGACCGAGAUUAAGGGGCUUUUAAAAGCCUACCAGACCUUCAUUGACCUCCUUACCAACCAUUCCAAAUCAACCAAUUCCGCCUUUCUACAAGUCUAUUCCGCCCUCGAAAAUGCCCCCGAUCCCUAUCCUCUGCUAGAAGCUUCGGUUGACUCUAUGCUCGUGGCCGAGGAUACCCUACCAAAGCUCACCGAGGAGAACCAACACUUACAGACUAAUGUCGCGAAACUCACGUCACAAUUAGAAGAGACCGAAUCAAGACUACAGAUCGAGAGCGAUAAUCGAAAACAACUAGAAAGCAAGCUGGAGACUAAGGUUAGAGAAGUGGAAGAGUCGUGGGUCGCAGUCCUAGAUGAGAAGAAAGACAACUGGGAAGCAAAGGAGAAGGCAUUAGAGGACAAGAUUGAGGCACAGGACAGGUUACUGAACGAGGUCAAGGCCAGUUACGAGGUCAACCAACGGCUAAAGGGAUCCGAAGAUGCCGGCGCUGAGGCCAACCACGGUCAUGUCACCAAUGCCGAAUUGGAAAUGGUUCAUUCCGAUCUCGAACGAACCAGUGCCAGACUUGCUGAGGUCGAGGCUCGGAACGAACAAUUGCGGCUAGAACUCGCUCAAUCCAAAUCACAAGUCCCAACCCAGGCGCCAGCUUUAGAAGACGAUCCUGGAUAUAUACGCAUGAGAUCCGAAAAUUCAUCCCUCAUCCGCAAACUCGACUCGUCAAGGCUCGAGAAGGAGGCUUUCAAGAGAGAGAUCGAUACAAAACUUAGAGGCUUAGAACGAGAAGUCGGUCUUCUAAAAGAGGAACGCGAUGGUUUAAAGGCGAAGGUUCAGAAGUGGAAUGAUUAUGAAGAUGUCAAACAAGAACUAGAGGUUCUUAAGAGUAUCGAAUUCGCGACGGGCGACGAUGAUGACGUGCUGGCCGCUUCAGAUCCGAACAGCUCUGCUCCUAAAGGAAAGGGGGAUACACUGGAGCAGUUACUGUUAGCCAGGAAUAAGAAGUUGAGUGACGAACUGACCAUUUUAAGGGUGUCUCAUCAAGACCUCCAGAGUCGGCUCGAAAAUCUCCAGGAGGAAAUGUCAAAAACGAAUGCAGAUCUAGAGAGGUCACAGAAUCUCAACGCGCAGCUGGAAAAUGAUUUGGCUAGCCUUCAAUCUGAGGGACAGAACGCAUUCCCGUCUGGAGCGUCGGUUGCUGGGACGUAUACUAGGUAUGCUCCGUCUAUAGCGCCGGGGAGACGGGGUGGAAGAACGUCGCCCACCUCAUCCAUCAUAUCCGGCUUUGAUCCGCGCACUACAGGGGGUGAGCCCAUGGGUGGUGGCUCUGGAAUUCUACCCAUGAUCACUGCUCAGCGGGAUCGCUUCAAGAAGCGGAAUGCUCAGCUUGAAGGAGAGCUGUCAGAUUUGCAUCGUACCGUAUCGCAACUACGACAGGAAAUUGCAGCUUUACAGAGGGACAACCUUCAACUGUACGAAAAGACGCGGUAUGUGUCGACAUACAAUCGUAAUGGGCCCUCUGCGGCGUCUUCAUCUGCAGCAUAUUCUUCGAAUCCAAACCCUUCAGUGGUAGCGAUGGGUGGCACAGGAAAUCCUGGGAUCACGUUAGAUCGGUACAAGAAGGCGUACGAAUCGAACAUCUCGCCUUUUGCGGCUUUUAGAGGACGUGAGUCAGCAAGAGCUUACAAACGGAUGAGCUUACCGGAGAGGAUGGUGUACUCGGUAACGCGUAUGGUGUUGGCCUCACGAACAAGCAGAAAUCUAUUUGCAGCGUAUUGUGUCGCAUUGCAUUUUCUGGUCUUCUUCUCGCUAUAUUGGCUAGGUACGGCGGACGCGGAGCAGCACGCGAGCAAUCUUAGCCAGGGUCUAGCCGCCGCCGCAGUAGCGGGAGGGGCAGGCGGCGGCAACGCUGGUGGAAAGGUUCCAGCUGCUCAUGCCGGAAAUUGGCAGGAAGAAGGUUUCAAUGGGCACUGAAUAUCCUACCUAAAAGUGAAUAUCCAGGACAUUUACCUACCUCUGUAUCAAUACUAGCCGGCGUUUGUUUAAUACGGUGUAUCAUGCAUCUAAUCUUGUAGGUACUUGAUAGUGACCUAUCUCGUGUUGAACAUUAGACUGCCUACUAGGUAUGUAGGACACUAAUUUGCCAUUAAGGGUGCAUUUACACGUAUCCCAAUGCUCUAUUAAUGGCAUGUUGAUAUCCAUAAUCUUAACCCCAGAUUUACCCCUUGCCGCCAGAAAGAGAAUAUCGAUGUUCACUGAUCUUUGGAUGACUACGAAGAAAGUUGGAUAAGACACCUCCCUACCUCCCAAACUAGGUAGGUAGGUAGGUAGCUACAUAGGUUGAGAGGGGGGAUCACA